CUCGAAAUUGAAAAUCAUUUUCUUUGAAUGCAUAAAUGCUUGAACUGAAUGCCCGUCGGCUGUGGACACCAGCCCUCUGGUUCACAGCCGCGCACACCCACAGGCCACAGGUUGAGCCAUCUUAUUGUAGUAACAACCACUCGACGACCGUUUCUAAUCAGGAAAACGAACGAUUCUUUCUUGAAGAGAUCCGAGGGUGGUUUUUCUGUAAUGACUUCUGAGUUGGUUGUGCAUAGUGGUGCAUGCCACUGCAAGAAAGUAAGAUGGCGAGUCAAAGCGCCUGCCAGAGUUGUAGCAUGGGAUUGCAACUGCUCUAAUUGCUUCAUGAGGGGUAAUACACAUUUCAUCGUUCCUUCGGAACAUUUCGAGCUUUUAGGAGACUCCGAGAAAUUUAUUUCAACCUACACCUUUGGUACUCAAACUGCAAAGCAUACCUUCUGCAAAGUUUGCGGCAUUACCUCGUUCUACCGUCCGCGCUCAAAUCCAGAUGGGGUUGCAAUUACUUUCAAAUGUGUUGAUCCUGGAACUUUGACCCAUGUGGAGAUUAGGCAGUUUGAUGGAAAAAAUUGGGAGGCCUCUUAUGCUCACACUGGCAUUGCUUCAUUCUCAAAGGUCAAGAAAACAAGUUCGAAUGUACAGUUUGAUAUAUGCUAUAAUUGAUGUUCACGACUGUUAAUAUUCAUCGGCGAACUUGUUUAGACUUGCAUUGUAGCGGAAAUGUAUAUUCUCGAGUCUCGCUGAUGGAGUUUGUUGUGUAAAAUUCUUGCCUUAGACUUGUGUUUGUAGGUUGAAAAUUGAGAGUUUUGAGCUUUCAUUUGAGAGCAUUAGAUGCUGAAUUUUAGGUGCAGAAACUUGAGUUGUGUAAAUGGUAUGCUUUCAAAUUAUACUAGAACUUCUGUGAUGCUUUGUAUUAUUGGUUGGUUUUACAUGAAAAUUGGCUCAAAUAUGGAGCUUAGGAAUAAAGGAA